AUCAUUCACAAUAAGACCAGGAGCAUGCAAUAAGGAAGUAAAUAGGGCCAAUUUUGUUUUUAUGAUGACUUAAAUUAAUAUUAGGAUGCACAGUGCCUACAUGUCAUCAGUCUAAUGAAGUGAAGGAAUGGACAGGAGAGCAAAAGCAUGUGAUAAUGACCAAAAUGCACAGAUGACACAUUAAGCAUUGAAUAAAAAUGUGUAUGCUUAUGUUUUUCAGGAGGAAGAGGGUGUUAUACAUCAUGGGAUUAUGUCAGACGCAAGAGGCACAGAUAAAACAUCCAAAGAGGAAGGAAGGCAAGUGUUAUUCUAUUAUCUAUUAUUAUAUACUAGCACAGAUGUUGGGGAUUUUUAGAUCAGAAAUACAGUAAGUAGAGGCAUUGACUUAUUUAUUUAGAGAACCACCUCUAGGCUUUCUUAAAGAGAAAAUACUGCAGUGCACCACUUACUGUCAACCAAAUCUAAAUCUGUACUGUAUGACACAUAGCAGAGGAGAAAACAGGGCAGAAGUGUGUGCACAUCACAUGCUUGUUAUCUGCAGGAUUUACUGUAUCUGUCUUGGUUACAAAACAGCACUCACAGUAAUUACCUUUUGAGAGAGAGAAUUGGAAGGAAGUCGGGGAGCUAGAUAGAGUGAGAGGAAUGGUGGUGGGGGUGGAGGUGGGGGGGGCGUGGGGGCUGGAUGGGAGGAGAGAGUUAUUGGAUGAGUGAGAGAGAGAGUGAAGCAGGCAGAAGGAAGUUAACGAGAAUAAAAAAGAGGGCAUAGCUGUAGACAGCGAUGCAAGAUGACUGCUCUCGCAUUGGCUUGGCUGGCACUGCAUGUUGACAUGAUAUCUGGCCAGUGGCAGCAGUAUCUCACAGGGGAUCGAAGGAGGAGAGGCUACUUUUCCUCUGGCUGCUUGCUUACAACCGAGCCUCUUGUCAUGGCAGUAUGCCAGUCAUGAACAGAUCAGGCUUAUUGAGUAAAGCAGGUUUGAGGAGGCUGUUUUCAUCAGAUGAAGUGUGGAGUUUAGGAAGUAAGAGGAACCAAGCAGAACUCAUACCAGCUGAGCAGCACAUUCUACAAAUCUCAGAAUCGAAUCACCUUACAGCCAGUUGCUCUCACAGGUACAGCCGGCAGAACCAAGCUCCUAUUCGCCUUAUAAGUCCAGAGAGAACAGCCAAGACGGACAGUGGGAACACUCCAUGCCAGCAAGACUCUGUGAAGACUUUGAAAUCAGGAUCUAAAAGUGAUGAACUAGAGACUCAUAAGAAGGUACAAGGGUUUUAUGAGGACGUCUGCACACCCAAGAGUAAUGAAGCCUGCAAUGGAGAAAUACUACAACACCCAGCUGAAGGACCCCUGAAGCCACUAUUAAAUGUACAACAAUUAACACUCAGCCAUGAGUUUGAUCCAGAUUCAGAAAAGACCCCUAUAGAGUCUAAUUUGUCAUCUGACACAAAAGAGGAUCUGCUAUUUGACUCCAAGAGUGGCCGUUUUAAACCCAAAGAGCAAGAGAAUGUAAAGAAGGCAAGUGUAGUUCAUGGCAGUCCCAAACCAGAAAUCACCCCUCUUAAUGUGCAGAACAAUCAGAGAUUGCAAAAUAUGCUCUCUUUGAACAACAACUUCUGUGACAAGAAUGCUCGGGGGGCAUGGAAAUCAUCGAUUUCAUACCCUAAAACUGAUCAAAUUUGUAUAGACCAUGAGUUUCCUGAACAAAAAACUCAGACAAGUUUAAAUGAGACCGUCACAGACAAUCCGCUUAUUGAAAGCUUGAUUCUGGAAGCAGUAAGUGCUGAUUUAAGACAGACUCAGGAUAGUCUGUCUUGUGAUGGCAGUCUGUCUGAGACAGAUGAAAAGUCAGAGGCAAUUUCGUUUCACAGUGAGGCACUCGCUUGGUCUGAAGAAGAGCGAGACUGUCUCAAUGAGGAGAAGUCUGAAGCAAGCACUUGCUCUUUAGUCUUCGCAGAAAAGUUCACUGUGGUUCCAGACAAUUUUCAGCAUCAGCUUUAUUUGAACAAUAAACCUGCUGAAGGAUGCAAUACCUCGCCAUAUUAUGAAAGGCAAACUACUGUAGAGUCUACCCUCUCAGAGAUUCUCUCUCCUGUAGAUGAGGUCUUGUCAUACAGUAGUGCAGAACUUCCUCCUUCGGUUAAAGGAGGGGCCGGAUCAGGACUAGACAGCUUCAGUUAUCCUCCUCCCCCUCCUGCCUUUGAGAUAAUUACAUGGACCAGUGAGGAGGAACAGCCAGCUCCACCUGAUUGUGUGGAAGAUCUCUCCAUUAACAGCGAGAACAUCCCACCUCUCCCCGUGGACCUAUCUCAGAGGAGAAGAGAGUCUCAAAGUCUAGCCUCUAAUAGUCUUAGGCCAAAGAAAGAAAACAAUGAUGACACUAAUGGAGAUUGUUGUAAAACCCUCCCCCUAACUCCGAGCAUAUAUGAGGACAUGGAAAGCCAUUGCUCACUUCCUGAAGAUAGAAAUGAAAUCUCGGAUACUUUGUCCUCCUUUCAGUUUGGAGACAGAGUUCUUGUGUGUAAUUCCAGACCUGGUGUGCUGAAAUAUAAAGGGCUCACUGCAUUUGCAGAUGGCUUUUGGGCAGGUGUGGCAUUGGACACUCCUAACGGAAACCAUAAUGGAACCUUCAGAGGUGUGAAGUAUUUUUGCUGUGAUAAGAGCCAUGGUGUGCUGGUCAGAGCCGAUGACAUCUCUCACAUACACAGAGAACAUGGUAUAAAGACUGGGGUGGAUGAAGAUCCCUUCUCAGAUGAGGAGCCACCUAGCGCACAGAAAGACAGGCAACAGAAAGACACAUCAUCAACAGGUGGACAAGGCGGACAUAAAAAUUUUCAGUGUCCACCAAGAGAUGAUUCCAAAAUGCCAAAAAACUCACUUCAAAACGAACCAUAUGGAGAUAUGUUAGAUGGAGCAAGAGACCUUUCUCAUCUUUUAGAAAUGCCUUCACCAAAAAUUGGCUAUGAGCGUUCUGAUGGGGAAAACAUGGAUCAUGUGAAUGAAUCCAAUCAUUCAGUUGCUAAACUGACACAAGAGUUGGGGAAAGAUGUAGUCCACUCUACCCAGGACACCCAAAAGAUACCAAGACAAAGGAUGAAAUUAGUGCAUGAUUAUAAAUCUAUCGAUACUGACAUCAGAAAAAGUGAGGUAAGUUAUUUCAUGCCAUGUCUCUUGGAGCAAUGGCAUCCUGCCCAGCCGGUCCUGCCACCAAAGAUAAAGGUACCACCCCAUGAAGACGGUAUUGUGUACAGAUUAGUGGAUGCUACAAUGGAUAUACUAUGUGGCCAAGCAAAUGAUGAUUCUCUCGAUUCUUAUGAAACACCAAGCUAUCUAUUAGAUGAUGACAGUCGCAAACGUUAUAGGCAGGUGAUCUUUCAGUUAACAUCUGAUGUACUUCAUGAGGUUUUGGGUGAUCUUUUAAGGACAAAACAAUCUGCCCAGAAUAUAGAUGAUGAUUCUCUGAUCUCAGUUCUGCAAUCAAGGAAAAUUUCAGUCACAUUUUUGAAGGCAACAGUGAGAAAAAACAUACAGAAAAUUCUUUAUUUAGACCGAAGUGAGCAACAGAUGAAAGAGAUGCUUCAAAAAUUGUGCAAAUACUGGAAUGCCAAGAGAGACAGAGUGGACUAUAUACUGAUUCAGGAACUUCAUAAUGAGGAGAGAACAUGGCUAGACUACAGGUCUGACCAGUACACUGUGAAAAUGCAUCUGACUGAAGAGAUUUUCCGCCUUCUUUUGGAUGACACUAUAUUAGCCCUAAACCAUAUGCACGUUUGAACCUAAAAAACAAGUUUCAGAAUCUUGACAACAUUUUCAUACCUUUCAUAUCUCAUUAUUUUUGGGUGAAUCUCAAACCACUAUCAUAUUUCACCCUUUUGUCAAGAAAGAAGUGGUGCAGAAAUUACACACUUCUGUUGCAACCAAUAUUACUUCCAACAUUACUGAUCCAACAUUACUUUCAUGACCCUCCCUACCCUGCAACAUUCACAUAACGUAGUGCAAAAGAUCCCAUGCUUAGGGCUGUAAUGCAAAUAAAAGCAUUAUUUCUUACUUAAAUUGUAAAUCAUUUAUUAACC